CGUACCCCCCCCUCCUGGAGAGACGCGAUUACAAGUUGGAGCUUGCAGCUGCUUCUGGGGAGGGGGCACCAUGAACCAAGGGGUAGGCUAGUGUGGCUCCUGAGUGGCGUGAGCUUGCUGGACAGGUCACCAUCUGGAUUCUCAGAAGAGAGGCCACUGGACUGGCUAUGAGUGCCUCAAGGGAACACACCCAGCCUUAACAUCGCCUGCCGCGAGGUUUGCAGCCAUGAGCAGGUGCCCAAGCGCUGAGGGAGCACAAUGAAUGGUGGCGAUGAUUGCUCUGGUGUGGAUCAAGGUGGGCGCCCAGCAGUCACACCUGUGCCUGUGGGCUGGCAGCGCAGGGUGGAAGAGGGCAGAGUGUGCUAUAUCAGUCCUAGCGGGACGAGCUUGGCUUCCUUGGAGCAGACUCGUGCGUAUCUGCUGGCGGACGGCACUUGCAAGUGUGGGCUGGAGUGUCCCCUCAACGUGCACAAGGUUUUCAACUUCGACCCUGCAGCAAUGGUGAUUGGGAGUGAAGGCAGCAAGGGAGACCAAGACAUGACCAAGCUCUGCAAUCACCGGCGGAAAAUUGUGGCAAUGGCAACACUUUAUCGCAGCAUGGAGAGCCAUGGUCCGCUGGGCCUGUCACAUCUGGGGCCAGGGGCUGGAAUGACUCUGCCACCACAUCUGGCCAUGCCAGGGCCCAGCACUUGCCUGCAGCAGACUCUUUCCAGCAAAGCUCCAACCAGCUUGCCCAAGGGGCCGGAUCUCUCCUUGCAAUGUCCCUCUGAUCGUUAUGGCAGUGCCUGCUCCGGUCCAAGCUCUUCCUUUCCCCGCCAUCACAACGCUUUCUUUGGGGAUGUCUUCCCAGGCCGACUGCCACCCACUGUCAAUGGCGGUGCCCGCCCAACCUUCCCAGCUGAACUGAAUGCUGCCGGGGGUUCUUUCCUGCCCAGCAAGACCUCAGCAGAUGCAUUGACCCGGCCCUAUUCAUCCAACAGUUUCCUCUUCCCCCUGCUAGAUGAGAUGGGGUCUGGUCAAGAGGGCAGCCCUUGGAGUGGCCGUUCCAUCCCUCUUGGGUCCCAGGCGAGUGCUGCCGGCUCGCCUGCCCCGACCAGCCUCUCCUCUGUUUCUUCGUCAGCAGGCAGCGCUGAGCCUUCUCCACAGCGGUCACGGCACUCCUCCGCCUCCUCCGAGCAGGGCCCUUCUGGACACCGCCUGGCUUCCAGGCCCUCCAGCUUGGACGCAACACCCCCGACCAACGCCUUAACCAACCAAAGCAGCAAUAACCUGCCCUCAGUGCCCUUAGGAGCUGCCCCGGAAGGCAAAGGACCGCCUGGCCUACUGCUCCUUCCUCCGCAGGGCCCAGGCUCUUUUCCAGCCAGUAGUUUGUUGAGCGCAGCCGCCAAGGCCCAGCUGGCCAGCAGGGGGCGUCCCGACGAGCUGGCUGCCAGCACUUUACCUAACCGCUUGCUGCUGUCAGUGGUGGGCGGGCGGACACCUCGGCGGCAACGUCGCUCCCCUACUGUCCUGCGCCUGCUCAAGGAUUCUCAUGCAGGGCAGGCGGGGGUCACCCAUCCUGAGGAGACCCCAACCCGUCACCCCUGGCCUCGGGACCAGCCCCCCGGAGGAGGAGAGGCCAAGAAUGGACCCCCAAGCUCAGCCACCCCGGUACAGCCGCUGGCCUCUCUGCUCAGUCUGCUGGCUCCUCCCGGGAGUUCACCUACGCCAGGCCUGCCCCCGCCUCUCCAGGCCCCUGCUGGCGACAGUCCCAAUUCUUUGCCCCCCUUCCAGGACUUCAACAGCCAACUCCUCAGCCUCUUUGGUCAGCUGGCUUCUGCGUCUUCCGAACAGAUCUCAGGGAGUUCCCCACAGCCAAAACCUCCCACCUCCCCACUUGCAUCCCAUGGCCUGCCAGGUGCUGCUGCUUCGGCUUCACUCAUGACUCCCAAAGCCCCUCCCACCCCCAGCCCUGUUACUGUCACCACCAGCACAGUGGAAGGUGGGGGCGUGGGCUGCCCGCUGCCCACAGGCGCCGAUCCGUUCCCUUUCCUGGCACAGGAACAAGCACUGCCGUUUGGGAAUGCUCUACCUCCUGGGCUCUUCCCCCUGGGCUCCUUCCCCUUCUCGCUGACCUUGGGCCCAGAGACACCACUUCCCCCUCUUAACCUGCAGGAGGAGCCAGACGGACAGCCCUUGUUGCCUCUGGUGCUGCCCAGCCUGGAUUUGCUACAACAGCCAAGUGGGCUCCUGGCAUCACUGUUGGCGCUGCCAGAGGCGGCGUGUGAAGGGCAGAGGGAAGCGGCGACAACGGAGCCAUUGUUGGAGCCCUUCGCCAGCUUGCCCGAAACUCUGCAUCCCCUGCUCUUCCCAGCACUUUCCACCCCUUCAGCUGUCCUAGCUUUAAACUCGGCACUGUUGGCAACCGGCCUGGGCUCUUCUGACACAGGACCGAGCCCCACACAGACUGGCCUGGCUAGCACUCCUGUGGCACCUACCUCCACUAACACCAUACCGACAACUACUGAGGGUACCCCCAGUGCCUCUGGGCGUCUGAAUCCCAUAUUGCCUCAGCUUGUCAACCCGCUGCUGAGCACCACACUUCUGGGUGAGUUGAUAGUCAUCUGAUGC